AAAUAGCCAUUUUCCCAGGCAGCAGUUUGUUGCAACAGCGAAGCGAGGGGGAAGCGACGGCUGCCGCUGCUGCUGCCGCCGCCGCUCCUGACAGCGCACCACUUGUAAGGUUGCUCUCCGAGCCCCGGGUGUGUUUCGUGUCGAUCUUUAACCUCAUCCUUCACCACCCACGUGCAAGAACAGCCGGAUUUUUUUUCUCUCCCCCCCUCCCUCCCUCACGGAUUUAGGAUUACCUCGCCUGUUGAGAUAUGAUCUGGACUGGAUUGUUGAAAAUGGAAUUGUGGUGGUUGUCGCAAUCAUAAAAGACCUGAAGCCUGAUCCUAAGCAUGUUCACUCAGAAGUAAGAUCCACUGAAUUCAGUGUGCCUGGACACUUAAAAGCAGCCUGAAAAGAGAAAUGGAGCCUCGAAUGCCUCACAACAUGACUGUGACCCCCAGUUCUACCAUGGUACAGCCUCUUCUGGAGAGCCGGAUCCCUUAUGGCAGAUUACAACAUCCCUUGACUAUCCUGCCUAUCGACCAGAUGAAGACCACACAUAUGGAGAACGACUACAUUGACAACCCCACGCUGGCUCAACUGGUUGCUCAGAAGCCUCCCCGGAGCCACCACGAGCCCACCCUUCCACCCCGGUGUGAACAAGAUGUCACCCACCCAUGGAUCUCCUUCAGUGGGCGGCCCAGCUCCAUCAGCAGCAGCAGCAGCACAUCCUCAGAUCAAAGGCUUUUGGACCACAUGGUCCCGGCUCCUGUGGCUGACCAGUCCUCCUCCCCCAGAGCAGUUCGGCUUCAGCCCAAGGCAGUUCACUGCAAGCCCUUGGAUCUGAAAGGACUCCCGCCUCUGAAACUGGACAAGCACUUUUUGCUGUGUGAAGCCUGUGGAAAAUGCAAGUGUAAGGAAUGUGCCCUGCCUAGGACUCUGCCGUCGUGUUGGGUGUGCAAUCAGGAAUGUCUGUGCUCAGCCCAGAACCUGGUCAAUUACUCCACCUGCAUGUGCUUGGUGAAGGGCAUAUUCUACCACUGCACCAACGAGGAUGACGAGGGCUCCUGCGCAGACCACCCCUGCUCUUGCUCCCACUCAAACUGCUGUGCCCGUUGGUCCUUCAUGAGCGCCCUCUCCCUGGUCUUCCCUUGCUUGCUGUGCUACCUGCCAGCCACCGGCUGCGUGAAGCUAUCACAGCGAUGCUAUGACCGAGUGAGUCGGCCUGGAUGCCGGUGCAAAAACACAAACAGCGUGAUUUGUAAAGCGUCCCCGGAUGGGAAGGCUGACAGCAGACUGGAGAAAACUUUUUGACUGCUGGGGAGAUGUUGGGAAGUGCAGGAUGGGAAAAGAAAACACGAAGGGUGUUUUGUCACCUAUGUCAAAGUAUAACAUAUGUCAGCCUUUUGCAAGGAAGGAAGGAAGGAAGGAAGGAAGGAAGGAAGGAAGGAAGGAAGGAAAUAGAUAUGGAUAUUUUGCAGUGCAAGGGCCAAAACAGAAAAACAUAGAGCUAUUUAAAGACAUCUCCUUUCCUAAUCCUUAGUCCUGGCAGUUUGAUCCAUCUAGAGAUUGCAAGAAUAAUCCAGAAGUAGGCUUGGCAUGUACAUCAGCAGAUGGAAGCAGGACUUCAGUUCAGGGCCACCAUCCAAUUCACAUAUUUAUAGGUUAUGGGCAGUAAGGGCUAAGUUUCCCUCAAGGCUUUAACAAGAAUGUUCCUUACCGCCUGGUUUUGUUGUUGUCAUCGUUGUGUCUGUACGUUGUGAGAGUACUCCUUUUAAAAAUAAUCUUUCUGAAUAUGUAGAAAUCAGUAGCUCUUCUCAGGUAUUAAGCUUCCACAGAGUAUUCAAACUUGAAUAGAGGGUUCAGGACUGAUCAGAGGGGUAGAUUCAAGAACAGGGCAUUCUGUGCCCUCCCUGUAGAGGUUUAAAUACCCUGGGUGAGCUUAACACCUGGAUUAGCUCUACCUUUAACUCAUGUUGAUUCUACUGCCAUUAAGGCACCGUCUUGAAAGUCUGAAUAACGAGCAAAUAUCCAAAUUCUUUUCCCAAGAUCAUCAUCUUUCCCUCCCUCUCUCCCUCCCUCCCCCCCCCUGUUCUUUUUAGAAUGAUCACCACCAUGAAUAUAUUCUAAUUGAUGGAUUACUUCCUUAUUAAGUGUUUCUUGAUCUCUUGUAACAGAAAUGGUGGGGAGGAGGAAUUCAUUCCCUUUUACAAGUUCCACAAAGAAUUCAAACCAGCAGCCACCAGCCUGAACUCCAUCCAUUCAGGUCAUGUAGGGGCAAAUGGUAAUAUAAGGCAAAAUUUUGAUGUUUCAGCGCUGGAACAAGUUUGAAAACUAUGACCCAACUUGGAGUGCCCAACCGAAAGAGUUUCUGGGACUUUAAGCCCCUGUUUGCAUUUCAGACCCAGAAAAUUCUGAGCAUACGUUUGAAAUAAUCAUUAUAUUGCUUGAUCAUUAUUGCACAUUUUUAUUGCACAAAUAAGAUCCUGCUACGCAAAAGAAGAAGGAAAACUGAGCAUAAGUUUCAAGGGAAGUAAUCUCCACAGUACUUUCAGGAUCAAUAUAAGCAGUUCAAUUCUCCUGAUAUAAAUUAUACUUUAUUAAAUCAGAUGAUAGAGAUGCUUGAACUGAAGCUUAAGAAUUAGCCUCUGCUCUGCAUCUGGAGGAUUAAUCCAAACCAAGCACAAUAUAGCUGAGUAUCUUGGGACAGUUAGAAGCGGGUCAGCACAAUCCCAAACUCUCUUCGAAAUGGAAUUGUUUUGACAAAACCAGCAUGCACUCACUAUUUUAUUUCUCAAAUGGGACAGUUGCUGCUUGAUUCUUUUUCUAUAAAGUAACAUGCCGCUGUUCUUACAGGAGGCUUGCUAACAUUUUUUUAAAGUGUUGUGUGGAUGGAAAAGUAAGCUUGAGGGGCAUAUUUCUGACAAAGUGCCUACAGUUUUUAUCAGCUACCCCUUUCCAGAUAUCAUCUAUCAACAUCAAACUUCCUGAAAUUGGUGCCCCCUGGGUAGGUUGGAUGACAAGUUCUGUGGCUCCAGUGCUGACUGGGAGACAUAGAGAAAACGGGAGUGGAAUAUAUUUGAAGGGCUGAAGGUUGGGAAGGUUAAUCUCUGUACUUGACAUCAACAAAGGCUGUUAAAAUGCCUUUUAGGUGGGAAGGAUCCCUGCUCAAGGCCAGUGGAUUAACUUUAUUACAAGAUGCUAAAUAGGAAGUCACUGACACUACACAACAAAUGGAAAAGACAGGCAUGUAAAAAGCUGGUCCAUGAAAGUGAAGAGUAUUUCUCUCUUUAAUUUGAAAAGAAAAAUCCAUGGUACCUUUUCAACUGAGAAGGAUUUCUUUAUUCAAAAUUAAUCAACUUUGUAGAGAGAAAGGAGGCCAAUUUUAUUAUUAUUUUAGGGAUAAGCAGGUAGAACAAUAUGCUGACUUUUUUCAUGAUGGGAGGAUUUGUUUAGAAAGAUAGAUUUGGCUGGAAAUUAUUUUUAAUAUUUUUAUAUGUUCGCAUUCUUCUAUUUUAUAGGAAAAAGAAUUUGUUCUAUGAGUCCUGGAUGUCUGAGAUUAGCCUUAGCAAGGAGACGCUGGGUGGAAACCUUUGUCCAUUGAAAUGAAUGGAGGGGAGAAAUCUUCAAGCAUUUUCUUCUUCCAUUCAUUUCAAUGGAGAUUACAAGUUCCUGCUGGAUUCUGCUCAACGUGUGUUAUGGAUGUUCUUACAAAUACUUGAGAGAAUCACAGGGCACGGGGGUGGGGGCAGAGUGAGGGGAGAAAAAAAUAAGAACCUUAGCCAACAUAUUGUUGAAUGAAUUCAUCCCUAUCAACAUUCAUGGUAAUGAAGUAGCGCUAUCCAACUAUAAAUGCUUUGUUACGGCAUUCCUCAAAGUAGUAUCCUCUGAAUUGAAUAAAAGUUUAUCUCCAUAGCCUGACAGCAAGGGAAACAAUAUGUAAAACAUCUGGAGGUGAAAAUGCUGUUUGGUUGUCUUUUUUGUUCCUAUUCGUGUGCAGCAGUACUGAUCAAGCAAUAUCUUUCUUUUUUUUAAAAGUAAAUUCUAACACUCUUAAG